AUGCCAGUUGAUUUUGCUAAGCUCUGUUUGUCGGAUAAGCCAGCUGAUGCUGUUGCUGUCAAGUCGCUAGUUUUCAAGCCAAAGACUGCUAAGACUGCCACUCCGGUUCCAAUUGUCGUUGUUGCUUUGCAAUCCACUAACACUCCAUCUCCAGCUAUUGCUCACCACUCUGGCCUAAAGGACCCAAGAUUGGCUCGUGAUGAAUUGUUUCAAUCUUUCUUCAAGUGUGAAACCGCUAAGGGCUUCACUUUGGCUUACUUGACUAACGCAGAAUCUGAAUUCAAGCUGUUAAUUGAUAACAAUCUGGAGUCUGUCGCCCCAGAAACUCUAUUGCAAUUGAACGACGAGUUGUCCAUCAAGAAGUCCGACCUAUGCUCUUUCUUGUCUCAAUUUGAUCAAUACAAGCAAAUUGUCGACUUCUCUGUUGAAAUCAAGAAGGAAGCCCAGCCUAAACAAAAGAAGGAAAAGCCAGCUCAAACUAACGCUGCUAUUGAAGAUGCAAAGUUGAUCGGUAUCACUGUUGACAAGUCUCUAGACUUCUCAGGCUGGUACCAGCAAGUCGUCACUAAGGGUGAAAUGUUGGACUACUAUGAUAUCUCUGGUUGUUACAUCUUGAGACCAAACUCCUAUGCCAUCUGGGAAUCCAUCCAAGAUUACUUUAACGCUAAAAUCAAAGCCAUCGGUGUCAAGAACGCUUACUUCCCAAUGUUCGUCUCCUCCCGUGUGCUAGAAAAGGAAAAGGACCACGUUGAAGGUUUUGCUCCUGAAGUCGCUUGGGUUACCAGAGCUGGUUCUUCUGAACUUGAAGAACCAAUUGCUAUCAGACCUACUUCUGAAACCGUUAUUUACCCAUACUACGCAAAAUGGAUCCAAUCCUACAGAGACUUGCCAUUGAAGUUGAACCAAUGGAACUCUGUCGUUAGAUGGGAAUUCAAGCACCCUCAGCCAUUUUUGAGAACCAGAGAAUUCUUGUGGCAAGAAGGUCACACUGCUUUCCUUGACCAAGAUGACGCCGAAAAGGAAGUGUUGCAAGUUUUGGAUUUCUACGCCGGUAUUUAUAACGAACUAUUGGCUGUUCCAGUGGUAAAGGGUAAGAAGACCGAAAAGGAAAAGUUCGCUGGUGCAGCUUUUACCACAACUGUUGAAGGUUACAUUCCAGAAACUGGUCGUGGUAUUCAGGGUGCUACUUCUCACCACUUGGGUCAAAACUUCUCUAAGAUGUUUAACCUUUCUGUUGAAAAUCCAUUGGGUCCAGAACAUCCAAAGGUCUAUGCUUACCAAAACUCCUGGGGUCUAUCUACUCGUACCCUUGGUGUCAUGGUUAUGACCCACUCUGACAACAAGGGUCUAGUUGUUCCUCCAAGAGUUGCCCAACACCAAGCCGUAGUUAUCCCAGUUGGUAUCACUAAGAAGACUACUGACGAACAACGUAAGAGCAUUCAUGAUGCUGCAAAGAAUGUUGAAGACCGUCUCCUAAAGGCAUCUGUUAGAGCAUUCGGUGACUAUAACGACAACUACACUCCAGGUUGGAAAUUCUCUCAAUACGAGUUGAAGGGUAUUCCUUUGCGUGUCGAGUUAGGUCCAAAGGAUAUUGAACAAGGUCAAGUAGUGGUUGUUCGUAGAAAUGAUUCCCGUAAGUACGUUGUCAAGCUGGAUGAACUUGAGUCAAGAAUUCCUGAAAUCAUGGACGAGAUGCAUAACGAUAUGUACAACAAAGCCAAGGAACUAUUUGACAGCCACAGAAUUAUUGUUGAUGAAUGGAAGGACUUUGUUCCUGCUUUGAACAAGAAGAAUGUCAUACUUUCUCCAUGGUGUGGCGUUAUGGACUGUGAAGAGGAUAUUAAGGAUGCCUCUGCCAGAAAGGAUGAUGGUGAAGAAUUUGAACAAGAUGAAAAGGCUCCUAGUAUGGGUGCCAAAUCCUUAUGUAUACCAUUUGAGCAACCACCUCUAAAGGAAGGACAAAAGUGUGUCAAAUGUGAUCGCGCUGCCAUUCAAUACUGUAUGUUUGGCCGUUCUUACUAA